CCAUUUCACUACUUUUUUUUCACAGAGCAUUUAGCAAGAUACUAUACAUGUGAUCUAGCGUUGGAAGAAAACAAAAAAUUCAAAUAAGAAUUACAAGAAACUAAAAUAAAGUGAAAAGAUAGCAUCAAGAGACUCAAAAGUCUCAACAACCUCUAAGAUAUUUUCUUCAUCCACGGAUCUCUAUAAAGUUUGCCUUUAAUUAUAGCCAGUGACAAAAAGAAGUACUACAUACAUAGAGAUAAAGAGGGACAUUUGCAUUUAACUUACAUCUUUAAUUCGACAAGAGAACAUACAAAAAAAAGAGAGAACACCUUUCUUCUUUAGCUAUUCGAAUCCGUUAUUUAUCUCAGGGUUAUAUUAUGGUCAUGGAUCUCUUCUUUAGUAAUUUAGUGGUUAUCAGUUUCGAACAAUUUUUUUUUCUUUUCUGCACCCAGUUUUGAACAAUUUAUAUUUGAGAAAAUGGCAAAAGGCAAAAUGAUACUAAAAAUAUAUUAAUGGGGAAUGUUACAGGUAUCUGGAAACACUGAAAACGAAUUCAUCAUGCCUGUAACAUCAAAGACACCUUAGUUUUCUUGUCACUAUUGCUAAUAAAGAGUCCACUUGACUAAUAGUAACAAACAUGUUUUCAGUUUUCUUUCUUUCCAACCUUUUUAAGUUUUAAUCGCAGUUAAUCAUUUGUAUUGGUAAUUUCUCAAAUUAAUCUACUAACACAAAAUUAUAUAAUAUCUUUAAACAAUAAAUACAAAAUUCUAUUAAUAUUUUAUUGGUAUAUAUCUCAAGAACAUGAAACACUCGCAUCAAAAUAUUUCAUUAAAAAAAUUUAGUGUGCAUUCUAAAAUGUUUUAGAUUCCCACUAAUAAAUUAUCAAUAUAUUUUAAUAUUCAUACUAAAAAGAUAUAUAAAUAUAAUUUUACCUUAAAAUAAUGUUAAAAUUCGAUAAAAUAAUGUUAAAAUUUAAUAUUCUCACUCAAUGAAUAUAAGUUUAUGUAAAUAGUACUUUCUUACAAAUCUGGAAUCCCAUUCCGAGUCCCCCAUUAAUGUCAAUCGGAGGAGACAACAGGCAAAAGGUGGGCGCGUGACGAGGCAGACGCGCUGCAGCUGGCAACAGCCAAUUUCCCUCUCAUUCUUUCUUCUCCUUUAUAUCUUCACUUCACCACUCUCUCUUCCCUCACACUCUCAACAAUGUCCUCGCCGGCGAUUAACCUCUUCUUCGCUCUCUUCUCCUUUCUCAUCUUCUCCGUCUCCUCUUCACUUCCUCAGUCUCAGACCAAGAACCCCGCUACUGUUCAAACCUUAAAUGUUCCCGCGGCGGAGAUAAAAAUGGUGAACCCGAAGCUCCCGCCGCGGAGCCUCUCCCUCACGUCGUCGAAGAGAUACGAAGGAUCUUCCGAUCUGGUCCAUCUCCGGUACCAUAUGGGUCCGGUUCUGUCCUCUGCACCGAUCAACAUCUACGUUAUCUGGUACGGACGGUGGUCCCGGCCGCAUAAAGCUCUCAUCAGAGACUUUCUCAACUCAAUCUCCGACGCUAAAGCUCCGUCUCCCUCCGUCGCGGAAUGGUGGCGGACGGCGUCGCUAUACACCGACCAAACCGGAGCAAACGUCUCUCGCUCGGUCCUCAUCGCCGGAGAAUACUCGGACGCGAAGUACUCACACGGACAGCACCUCACGCGCCUCUCGAUCCAAGAAGUCAUCGCGAGCGCGGCGAGAUCCGCUUCCUUCCCGGUGGACCACAAGAACGGGAUGUAUCUCGUGCUGACGUCACACGACGUCACGAUGCAGGACUUUUGCCGCGCCGUGUGCGGGUUCCACUACUUCACGUUCCCGUCGAUGGUUGGCUACACGAUGCCCUACGCUUGGGUUGGUCAGUCGGGGAAACAGUGCCCGGAGGUCUGCGCUUAUCCCUUCGCCUUGCCGGGCUACAUGGGUCACGGUGGUCCGGGAGAGCUCCGGCCGCCGAACGGAGAAACUGGAGUCGAUGGGAUGGUGAGUGUCAUCGGGCAUGAGCUGGCGGAAGUUGUGUCGAAUCCGCUGAUAAACGCUUGGUACGCCGGAGAGGAUCCGACGGCGCCGACGGAGAUUGGUGAUUUGUGUGAAGGGUUGUACGGAACCGGCGGAGGAGGAGGGUAUAUUGGUCAAGUGAUGCAGGAUAGAGGAGGCAAGACGUUUAAUAUGAACGGUAAAGGAGGAAGGAAGUUUCUGGUUCAGUGGAUCUGGAACCCCAAUCUCAAAGCUUGUUCUGGUCCCAACUCUGUGGACUAAGACAGAAGCGGAUGAGUGUUUGUUUGUUUGAUGAUGGUGAUUUGUAUUAAUCACCAUGAUAAUGAUGAAAUAACCCCUUGUAUUAGAGUUAGGUUAGUAGUGGAACAUUAAUUAUUUUCUGUUGAGUUUUGUUUUUGUUUGUUUGAUAUAUAAAUUUCAAAGAAUGCUUAUACUGCU